AUGGACUCACCUGUUUCUGCACUUUCUGGAACCCAUAGGGAAAAAAUACUAUUUGCCAUAUCGAUAGCUAUGGUUAUCGUUUCUGGAUUUAUGGUAUCAAUGCGUUUGGUUGGAAGGUAUUUCAGGAGCGCUAUUCGGGCAGAUGACUGGACAAUCGUUGCAGCACAGCUUCUGUCGGUAGUAUUCUCUACUACGAAUAUUAUGGCUGUUGAGCAUGGAUUUGGCAGACACACUUGGGAUGUUGCACUAGAAGACAGAAUUGAAGCACUGAAGUGGAUGAUGACUGUUCAAAUAAUAUACAAAAUCACUCUUUCCGUUACUAAGGUCGCUAUUCUGCUCCUUUACUUGAGAACAUUUUAUGUAUCAAGAACCUUUCGCUGGCAAUGCUAUUCGCUCAUGGCGUUUUCCAUUGCUUCUGCUAUUACCUUUACACCUCCAACAAUCUGGCAAUGCUCUCCAGUGACGUCCUUUUGGGAUCGUUCUAUUCCCCACACGUGCCUUAAAACAGAUGUUUGGCGAAUGGUGUUUUCUGUAUGCAACAUUGUUACCGACAUUUUAAUCUUAAUUCUCCCAAUACAUCAAAUCCUUCACCUUCAGCUAGAGUUGAGGGAUAAGGUAGCAUUGCUUUUCAUAUUUUCCCUUGGCACAUUUGUUUGUGCCACCAGUAUUAUCCGAGUCACAACUGUUGCCGGAUCAGAUAAAGAAAAGGACCCAUUAUGGAUACCAGCUCCCCUUGCGAUCUGGAGUGUUAUUGAAGUGAACACUGGGAUUGUCUGCGCCUGCAUGCCUAUGAUCCGGCAGCCACUUUCUCUUUUCUUUCCUAAAGUCUUUUCCGCUCGUCGCACUGAAGACUAUUGUUCCGGGAAACGUUCUGUCCUUGCGUCCCAUCUUAAAUCCUGUGGAGCGGCUAAAGAAAACUUAACGCUGACUGACAAUACGAUAUGUUGGACUAGACAUGAUGAAGAGAAUCUAUAUAUGGCAUCCAUCAAACGAGGGAGAAAUUCGAUCAUCCAUAGAACAGAGAGCUCGGAGCCCAUCGUUGACUCCGAGGAGAUCGAUCCAAGUGACAGACGAAUUUUUCAGCGAACCGAGAUUUCCAUAACAAAUUCAAUGAGAACAUAA